AUGGAUUUAAAAGGGAAGAAGGAAGAAUUUGUGAGUGGAUUGACUGGUGGCUCGACUCUGGAGAUCUACACGGUCACCUCAGUCUCGCUGGUCUGCUAUGUUGCUUGGAGCAUUCUCAAAAAGAAAACAAGUCUUUUCGAUACGCAAUCUUUUGCUGCACUGCUGGUAGAUUAUUUCCUCAGUUGGUUUGGUCUUUUGUUAUCGGUUACGCUAUACUGUAACCGAACAUCAUUCCUUGUUGCUCUCAUUCUAGGACCUGUGAUUCCACUUAUAUUCAAAAGAUCAAAGCCUCAGGUGAAAAAACAGGUACACAUAAACGUGAGCACACUGACCAAAAAACAGUAUCUUCCAUACAAACCUUAUCUGACGGUUUAUAGGUCACAGAUGAUGGUGAUCACGUGUAUAGCUAUUUUGGCAGUGGACUUUCCCGUCUUUCCACGCAGGUUUGCGAAGGUUGAGACGUGGGGAACGAGUCUAAUGGAUCUUGGAGUUGGAUCAUUUGUAUUUUCUAUGGGAAUGGUCAGUGAAAGGCCCGUUCUUGUUCAAAAAUUCAACACCAUUAGUGGGUCAGGCUUGAGACCGGUGUCUGCUGUGAAAUCGUACAUAUCCUAUGUUGGCCGCUCUAUAUUUGCUGUGAUUCCGCUCAUAAUUCUGGGAGGAAUAAGAUUGUUGAGUGUGAAGUCCCUCGAAUACCAGGAACAUGUCACAGAAUACGGAAAGCAUUGGAACUUCUUUAUAACCCUGGCAGCUUUGCCCGUGCUCUCAGCACUGGCAUCUCCAUUGCUCAAACUGGUUCCAACAUUGUUGCUGAGCAUCGCCUUUUCUGUGGUGUACGAAGUAUUUUUGGUAAAGUACGGAUGGUUAAGUUACGUUCUUUCUGCGGAAAGAAUCGAUCUUAUCAGCGAUAACAAGGAGGGCAUUUUCAGCAUGUUUGGCUACUUCUCCAUCUUCUUGACUGGCCAAAGCACUGGCACUUUCCUGCUUCCCUUGUUCCCCACUCCGGGUAACUUGUUCGGUGCUUCUUCUAAGGACGAUAUUCUUCGCAAUUAUAGAAGCCACAAAAAGAGCUGGACCAUGGUGACUCCAUUGAAGGGCCUGUUGAUCCUAUCGGUGUUCUUCCAUACAGCUUACUACGUCGUUGACAAGUGCUAUGUCUAUGGGGUCAGUAGAAGACUUGCGAACCUGUUAUACGUUCUUUGGGUGUCUGCUUACAACACAUCAUUUUUGGCAGGUUACAAUUUGGUCGAAACUUUGCUAUGGGGUGAUGGUUCUAAAAGUUUCAAACUGUACUUUGACGAAAAGGAUGAAGCUACCAGAUUGGAAGAGACCUCAAAGAAAAACACAUCGAAGGAAUACGAUCUCCAAACCCCAACUCUGCUUCAUGCUGUCAACAACAACAGUCUCGUGACGUUCCUGGUUGCUAAUCUUCUGACUGGACUGGUGAACAUGACCUACAAUACCAUCGAUGCCAAAGACCUGGCCGCUGUUGGUGUGCUUACUGGCUAUACUUUGGCUUUGGUUGUAUUUACAUACUCUCUGUGGAGUCUCAGGAUCGUUUUGAGGUGA